CGUCAGGGGAUAAUGGCUGGAGAUCGCGGAUAUUAGAAGACGGAGUCUACAGUCUCCACUAAGAGUUAGAGGAGGUGAAGCAAACACACUACUGAGACUCUGACAUUGGAUUUUCACCUGCCAGCAGCACAGAUGGCUCAUGUCACCAGUCAUGGGAGGCUGCUCUUGCAGCGCUUACAUCAGCAGCGGGAGAUGGACUUUUUAUGUGACAUAACCAUAAUGGUGAGAGACGUGGAGUUCAGAGCCCACCGCAACAUCCUGGCUGCGUUCAGCAAGUACUUCUCCUCCCAGGCUGAAAAGGGGCAGGAGGUCACUACCUUGGACCCUGAUAAGGUCAGCCGGUACGCUCUGGAGAAGCUUUUGGAGUUCAUUUACACUGGACAGAUGAACCUCAGCAGUACCAGACAAGCAGCUGUGCGUCGAGCAGCUGUGUUCCUGGGAAUGUCUGAGGCCAUAAAGUACAUGGAAGAAAUCCACCACUGGUCCGAGCCGAGUGAAACGUCCCAGUCGGAGGCAGACAAAGAAGCUGGUAUCUCUCCCCCCAGUCCGACCUCUCCUGGCAGCCCCAGCUCACCAGUUCCCCUGUCCAUUGUCUCUGUUACAGGGGACUGGCAGGACGAGGGGAAGGAUGGCAAAGAGCAGACUGACGAGGUCAAAGACGUAGAUAUGGAAGAGGGAGACAGAAGUGAUGUAGAGUACACCCCCACUACUCCAAAAAGCGUUGGAAGAGGACAGGGGAGGAAGAGGGGCAGAAGGCCGAAGAGUUUCAGCGGUGAGCAGGUGGAGGCGAGCAGCUCGGCCGACGGCACCCCUAAAACCCAGGGCUACAGGGGGAGGGGCAGGGGGAGAGGAAGAGGCAGAGGGAGGGGCAGGGGGAGAGGGAUAGGCAGUUUAGAAAGUGAAGAUCCAUUUUUGGAAGAUUCUGACACCAGUGUGAAGGACUUCGGGGACACCUCUGCAGACUGGAGCCCCUCGCAGGAUGACGACAUCCCAGUCAAGAAACCUCGACUGAGCAGCGGGGAGGGGCGGAGGGGGCGAGGCCGGGGGAGGGGGAGAGGCAGGGGGCGAGGCAGGAGGAGGGCCGAGGAGGAAGCAGAGGAGAGCGGCGAGGCAGGGACCGAUGACGGUGAGGGUGAGUUCGGGGAGCAGGAUCCAUCAGAGAUGUCUGAGCUGUCGCUGUCGUGCACCGAGUGCAACAAACUGUUUAAAGACGUGAGCAGCCUGCACAGACACGAGAAAAUCCACAAGGGGCUGAAGCCGUUUGUCUGCAUCUUCUGCUCUAAAACCUUCCGACAAGCUACCCAGCUGAAAACACACCUGCGCAUACACACAGGCGAGAAGCCAUUUAGUUGCUCCGAGUGCGACAAGUGUUUCGCUCAGAAGUGUCAGCUGGUCGCUCACCGCCGGAUGCACCACGGAGAGGAGAAGCCUUACACCUGCGAUCGCUGCGGCUUCAAGUUCGCUACCUCGUCCAACUUCAAAAUACACAUCAGACUGCACAGUGGGGAGAAACCGUACGUCUGUGACAUCUGUGGUCAGGCGUUCGCUCAGUCCAGCACGCUGACCUAUCACAAGCGCCGACACACCGGAGAGAAGCCCUACCAGUGUGAUCUGUGCGGCAUGUCGUUCUCCGUCUCUUCUUCUCUCAUCGCUCACGCACGAAAACACACAGGCGAGACGCCCUACAGAUGUUCACAGCCCAAGUGUGACUCGAGCUUUGUGACGUCUUCCGAACUGAAGAAACACAUGCGACGACUUCACCCAGAUGGGAACACAGGUGUGCAGUGUCUGCUGUGUGGAAACAGAUUUGCCAGCGUGAAGAAUAUGAUCAAACACCAGGAAAAGGCUCACGCUGACGAAGUGCGGCAACACAAGGAGAGAGCCAGAGCAGUGGUCCUCCUGGCCUCCAGUCAUCCUGUGGCCUUUGUCCAGAGCAAACUUUCCCAGGAAAACAAAGGUGUGGUUUCCUUCCACGAAGAUGAGCCACCCAACCCCGAACCGGCCACCCCCAACCCCAAAGCCACAGCGGCUGCUGCCACCGCUGACGCGGCAGCCGCUGCUGACACCGCCACCACCGCCGACGCUGCUAGCACCACCGACACUGCCGCAACCGUCAUGCAGGACUUCAAGGCGGAGCCCGCUCACCCUCCUGUCAGCACCACCGACCAGGUGACCUUUGAACCUGAUCAAGAGCAGACCAUCAACUCAGACACCCUCCAUGCUCUGGUGGAGCAGCUGCGGCCGCCGCCCUCCCCCGCCCAGGGGCUGGAGCAGAUCGUCAUCAUCAGGACGGUGGACAACACCGAACACAACCCCCCUCAGCAGUGAGGCCCGAGCCACACCGGCGUCCCUGGUGGAACAUUUUAACAUACAGCCACAGUCAGCGCUCACAUUCAGGCUUAUAGCCCCAGAAAUAGACGUUAACGGACCUUUGCUCAUCUGUAACUGAAAGAUAAUCGUGUUAGAUUACGGUUUGGGUCUUAAUUUCAUAGUUUUGUUAUAUCAGUAUUGGUGAUGUUGUACUAAUGAAGUUGACAGCUGAGAUCAGAGCAUCCAGCAACAUGAUUAGACAGGUUGUAAACAAACCAACAAACCUCCAGGUUAGACAAACUGCAAACAUCCACCGGCAGCUAUCUGAUUCAACCUUGGCCUGCCAUACUUCGUGUAGUUGUGUGCACACAGUUUUCCUGUGAAUUGAGGGAUUAUUACCAACAUUUAAUGCGCACUCAUGUUCAGUUUGACCUUCAAAUAACAUGGUUUACAUAAUCGGGAUUGGUGUGUUUACAACCUGUCCUUGCCUCAUCAAACUUAAUCCAAGUCGUCAGCCGUAGUCGUUGGCGCCUCCGGUCCCCUCCAGUCUGAUCAGUGUAUCCUAAAACUUCACUGUUCAGAUGUUUAAAUGCAAAGCAGAAGUUCCUGAGUUUAGUUCCAACAGGGGCCUGUUUAGAACAGCGUGUGCUAAAAUGUGAAAAUGUUCCACACAGUUUAAAUAUGUCUUCACUUAGAGGUGUGCGUCUUCUCAUCCUUAAGUCGCUCUGAAUACCAGCUUCAGCUAAAUGCUAAAAAUGUGUGUAACAUCAAUGACGUCAGAUAGAAACCUUCUCUCUGCUCUCCUCUAAAUUCCACUACUUUACCAAAAAAACUUGAGACUAACAACAUUUUCUGAGACGUUCACGUGUGGCUGGAGUUACCUUUCAGUUGCAGUGCAGUUUGGAUCAGAAAUCAAUGUAAAGAAAAGUUUAUCAGACCAGAAUAUAUGAUGUGACAGCCAGUACAACACUUGCAUUUUUUUAUAGGUAAUGUAGUAAGUAGGAGCCUUGUUGUCAUGAGAUUCGAUUUUAUUUCUCAUAACUGUUUCACCCUUAAGUGUUUGACAUGUGAUGGUGGCUUCAUUCUUGUUAACAUAGCCCUGUUGAUGCAAACCAAGGUUUUUGUUUCAUUGGAAUAUAUGUAGUUAAUUUGUUUUUUAUAGCAGCUGCUUUAGGCCUCAGCAGAAGUGUUUGUGAUUCAAAUCUGAAAACUGCAUUAUUGAGUAUUUCUAUCCACUUGAAAGAAGCUGUUGUUCUGUUUAAUGCUUUCUUCUUCUUCUUUUUUUUUUCUUUUGGAUAACAUGUCUGCAUUAUUUGUACAGAAAUGUGAAUUACAUACAUGUACAAGUUCACUACUGUAUAAAAACUAUACAAGAGGAAAAUAAAAUUAAAGACAAAAAGGGACAAUCAGAUUG